AUCUAAUUCAUCUUUCCCGCUUUUCCUUUUAGAUGUUUGGUUUGAUUGUUGGUGAGCUGGCGUUGGGCGUCGUCAUCUUUUUGGCCGCCAGUGACAGGCGGAAGCUGCUGAAGGGGUGCGGGGCGUUCGUGAGAGGUGACCAAGGGAACACACUGAGACCACCAUACACUCGUCUGUGCCUUCCUUCUUCCAGCCGCCGAUUCUAGGCUUCUUCGUCCUUUGGGAUAUAGUUUUUGGUUUGGGUGGUCCGCCCAGCUCCCCUUUGUCCGAAUGUCGCCGUGCCGCAGGAAAGGAGGGAGAGGCUUCAGGUGAGCAUGUGUGAAUGUGGCCUUGGCGCUGGAUGCGAACAGACAUCCCUCAGUCGGUUGUUUUCCUCUUGAUGGAUCAGACGUACAAGAACACGCCGAGGAGGCCAAGCCGCCAGUGGACGUGCCGACGCCCAAGAUGACCGCUGCUGUUGAGGGGCGUGCCGCCUCAUCGGAGGUCUCUCCGGCACCAGUGGUGGAGAAGAUCAAGGGUAAGGAGGAGCCCGCGACGUCGAUGCACGCGGGUGAUGGCGGGUGGUUAAGGUAACCCACGGCAAGCGGGGCAAGAAGGGCAAGAAGGCCGCCAGCACCAAGGACAAGAGGUCAUCCCACGAGGGCGAGUCGGCCCCGUCGGAGGCCUCACCGAAGCCUCCCAGUGCUGCCCCGCCACCCUCCGGCCCAUCUGCACCGUCUGCCCUUGCCAGUGAGGCGUCAGCCAAGGCCAGCAAAGCGCCACAGCCCCAGACGACCGACGACGGCAAGGAGGCCGAGGGCGAGGAGACCACUGAGGUGGUCAACGAGGGGCGAGGACCAGAUGCUGCUGGUGGGGGGUCGGGCGGCAGGUGCUCCUGGCGGACGGCAAGUUGGUGUCGAUUGUUGACGGGCGACAUCAAGAUCACUGACCACGUUUUCGUCUUCAAACACGUAUGUAUGCGAUGUGACAUCCUAUCUACAGCACAGAGGGCGGGAGAGUGGCGCUCUCAUCUCCUGAUCUCAUCUUUCACUCGGAUGUGUGUCGCUCGCUGGGCUGGUUGUGUGCAGGCACCGACUGAGUGGGUGCGUCGUGGCCUCGUCAACAAUGCCAAGCCGUGUGUGUUUGGGCCGGGGGGGUCCGUCCUUACGGUCCACACAGACCGCACGGAGCACCCCCAGGCCAUCUACAUGUACGCCCCGCCAGGCCGGACGGCCAAGCUCAGUGAUGGCAGGUCAGUGAGAGGUCGGCAAGCCGCGUGAGGCGUGGUUUUAUCAAUGCUCUCAUGCCGGUCCUUCAGGAAUGCGACAGCGCUCUCGUGUGAGCUUCGCUAUUACAUCGCCGCCAAGGACACCGAAGCCCACGAGCCCCCCCACCCGGCAGACACCAAGAAGCCCUCCCCUCAGCUCGCCCAGCUGCCCACGGCGAGCACACGAGACUGGCGCGGCGCCUCGCAAGAGGGCAUCCAAGAGCCUCUUGCCGGCGACGCGCCACCCUCGGCAGAGCCAAGCCAAGAGGAGAUCAACCGAUGGUUUGUCGAGGAGUAUCUGCCGGCACAAGAGGCGAAGGAGGCCGAGGAUGAUGACAAGCGGUGGGCGGAGAUUGAGGAGAAGAAGGCCAAGCAGCUCUACGACCACUCGCAGUGGGCACACUUUGACGAGGAGUGGGCGAGGGUGAACAACAGGCAGCUGUGGCGGCAGUUCAAGGAGUGGGAGGCCGCCAACCCCAAGAUGGCCCCCUUGGUGCGAACGCAGAGACUUAGGGUAUACACUGACGGCACAGCACCACCCAAACACACCGUGUCAUGAUUUCCUUGUGUCGCCAGGGCCUAGGGUUUGAGGGUCACUUUGCAGUCCCAGCCUUCACCGCCUUUCAACUUGAUGAAGGAGAAGGAGAGCUUCACCCUCGACCCCAAGGGUCACCAUCACGAGAGCAAGGCCACCAACAAAGCCAAGGCGUCGGCCCUUAGCAGCGUGCAGUGCUCGUAUAUCGCUACCUACAUUUUAUAUGAGCUUGAUGGUGCCUCUCCCUUUCAUCAUGUCACUGCAAACCGAUGUGCAUGCUGAGACAUGAU